AUGUUCGAGGAGCUGAUCCUGCCGUACAUCAAGAUCUGGCUCCGGGACUGGUGGCACCAUCGCCAGUCUGCCGCGAAGCCGACGUCCCACCGCCGCUCGCUGUCGGCCGUCGUCGCCGACGACCCGGCCGAGGCCCCCUGCCUCCGGCGCGUGAGGGACCAGGCCGACCUGGAGCCGUACAACGUGCAGGACGACAUUUCGGGGAUGGCAAUCCAGUUUGGACACUUGGCACUGUUCGCUCCGGCCUGGCCGCUGGUAUCAGUUGGGUUUCUCAUCAACGACUGGAUCGAGCUGCGCUCCGACUUCCUCAAGCUGUGCACGCAGCACCAGCGUCCGCACCCGGUGCGCACCGACGGCAUCGGGUCGUGGAUCGACGCCCUCGACGCCCUCGACACCCUCGCGUGGCUGGGCAGCAUCUCGACGGCGGCCAUCGUGCACAUGUUCUCGGGCGGCGGCGGCGGCAGCUUCGAGGGCAAGCCCGCCUCGUGGCUGGGCCUGCUGGCGACCAUCUUCGUCAGCGAGCACAUCUACAUCCUGCUGCGCGUGCUGGUCCACUCGGUCCUGCAGCGCGUUGUCGGCAGCAAGCAACUGCGGCGCGAGAAGGACGAGCGCUACGCCUUCCGCAAGGGGCACCUCGACGAGCUCGAGGCCCAGAGCAGGAUGCGCGACGCCCUCCUGCUCAGCGCCGGCGGCCACGUCGAGCUGCGCCGCAAGAGGAGCGAUGCGCGCAUGGCUGAUCUGGACAAGUUCUGGGCCAAGCAGGCACUCGAUGGUAAGAGCGAGGAGGUCGGCGCGGCCUUGAUACGUGCUGCUCGGACCGCCGGGGACAAGGCCGACGGCGAGGUGAAGAAGGACUGA